AUGGGAAAGGAUCCUUUGGAGACGGCGAAACAGCUCGUCAAGAUGGUCGUUCGCAUGUUCUACGAGACUGAGCACAUUGUCAUUCUGGAUGCCCUCUGCUACCACGGCGCUUUGCAUGUGUCAGACAUGGUCUUGAUUCUCGACGCGGGCAAGAACUCGAAAUACGUCGGCAAGCUGGUGGGUAGGCUGAAGGAAGCAGGCUUGUGCACAACCUACACCGAGCAAGUCAAGCGUGACGGUGCAACAAAACUCUCAAACCGCGAAUGGUACUACAUCGAUUAUCGCCGUGCCAUCGACUCGACCAAAUACCGCAUUCACAAGAUGCAUGAGCGGAUCAACAAGGACGCAAAGCCCACAACAGAGAAAGCAGAGCUUUCUUGUAAGCGUUGCAAGUCUCAAUACACUAUGAUGGACGUGCUCGACAACGCCGAUCCCAUGGGUCGAGCAUCAGGGUUCUUGUGCAUGAAGUGCAGCUUCCCUCUGGACGAGAUUGAUGAGGGCAACCAGCACGACGCCGAUGACACCCCUGCGAGAUUCAACAAGCAUUUCAAACCACUGCUUGAUAUGAUGAAGAUUAUCGACGAGCUGAAGAUUCCGUUGAUUGAAGGCAAAGAUGCGGUCGACACCAAGAUCGAACUACCUCGCGACAAAAUCAUCGAUCCGGGUACCAAGCUGGAGGUUGUGGAUAUGAACUACACAAGGCCUACUGCUGUCAAGGGUCUUGCUGCAGAGCGCGAGAAGAUCAACGUCCAGAUCGCCUCGACUGCAGAGGAGAACGAGAAGCAGCAAGCUGCGGAUAGGGCCCGCCAGGAGAAGAUUGCUUCACAAAACCAGCUACCGUCCUGGCACACGGAGUCUACCGUCAUCAAGGAUACCGGCGGGACUGUUUCUGGUGUCAAGCAGGAGAGCAACGGCGCGAGCGGAACUACUAUCAAGACAGAGCAGGCCGAUGGCAUUACCACGACGCAGAACCUUGACGAUGUGUUUGCUCAGAUCGAGGCUGAACGCCGCAAGAAAGAGCAAGAAGAAGACGAUGACGAAGACGAAGACGACGACGAUGAUGAAUUCGAGGACGUGGCCGUUGGUACGCCGAGUGAGCUUCCCGGUGCCAAGCGCGUCAAAGUCGAGACAUCUGCUGCGCCUACACCGUCCAAUGUGGCGACACCGGCCGACUCUAAUGGCAACGGUGGUGAGGAGAGCGAAGAGGAUGAGUUUGAAGACGUUUGA